UCUCGGAGCCGCGAGUCGCUGUCCACGGUGCUGACGGGCCCCUGGAGCGGCGGAGCGCGGAGAGAGGACCUCCCUGGCCAGGUGGAGCGUCAUGAGCCGCGGGCCGCCGCCGCCGCUAUCCGCGGUGCUGACGCCGCCAGGUGCGCUCGGUUCCGCAGGCUGGUAGCGCAGCCCAGGCCCGCUGCUAUCCGCGGUGCUGACCCCGCUGCCCUCGGUCACCGCUUGCCUGGAGGACGCGUACGGUUUGGAUUUUCAAAAAGCCGUUCUUUAUUUAGAUUCCAACAUUCUCGCGUAUCUUCUGUGCCAAAGGGGCCCUCAGGCCGUCCUUCUCCCCCUUUGCUCUCCCCAACUUGGCGCGCCCUCCUCCCCUUCCUCCCUGACACUCCCACCACCCCCCCUCGGCUCGGCGGCUCGGCGCGAUGCUGCAGAAGAGGCGCUGAGCCCUUUUGGAUCUAAUGCGCAUAGGAGGUUGGCCCCGAGCUCCAGAGCUCCCCCAAGGCUGAACUCUGUCCAAGGUGCCCACAGGCUCCCUGCCCGCCUUCCCCAUGCCAGCCCGCAGCUAGGGGCAGGGGCAGCGGCGGCUGGGGUUGGGGGUGGGUGGGGAGCUUUGGGGGAGGACAGGUCGCAGCUUGGCUAUGGAAGGCUCCAAUGGCUUUGGGAUCGACUCCAUUCUCUCCCACCGCGCGGGCAGCCCCGCCCUUCCCAAGGGGGACCCCUUGCUCGGGGACUGCCGCUCACCCUUGGAGCUGAGUCCACGAUCGGAGAGCAGCAGCGAUUGCUCUUCACCAGCCUCGCCAGGAAGGGACUGUCUGGAGACGGGCACCCCGCGGCCUGGCGGGGCAUCGGGCCCAGGUUUGGACUCCCACCUGCAGCCGGGGCAGCUCUCAGCCCCGGCCCAGUCUCGCACCGUCACCUCCUCCUUUCUGAUCAGGGACAUCCUUGCCGACUGCAAACCACUCGCGGCCUGUGCACCUUACUCUAGCAGCGGGCAGCCAGCAGCCCCUGAGCCUGGGAGUCGCCUUUCGGCCAAGGCUGGGGAGGACUUUAGAGACAAGCUGGACAAAAGUGGCAGCAACGCCUCGUCGGACUCUGAGUAUAAAGUGAAGGAGGAGGGAGACCGCGAAAUCUCCAGCUCUCGGGACAGUCCCCCAGUGCGCCUGAAGAAGCCACGCAAGGCGCGCACCGCCUUCACAGACCAUCAGCUGGCGCAGCUGGAGCGCAGCUUCGAGCGGCAGAAGUACCUGAGCGUGCAGGACCGCAUGGAGCUGGCCGCCUCGCUCAACCUCACCGACACGCAGGUCAAGACCUGGUACCAGAACCGCAGGACUAAAUGGAAGCGACAGACAGCCGUCGGGCUGGAGCUGCUGGCAGAGGCGGGCAAUUACUCAGCGCUCCAGCGGAUGUUCCCGUCGCCUUAUUUCUACCCUCAGAGUCUGGUUUCCAACCUGGACCCGGGCGCCGCGCUCUACCUGUACCGCGGCCCCAGCGCGCCGCCGCCGGCCCUCCAGAGACCUCUGGUGCCCCGCAUCCUCAUCCACGGACUCCAGGGCGCCAGCGAGCCGCCCCCGCCGCUGCCCCCGCUGGCCGGCGUUCUCCCGCGCGCCGCGCAGCCUCGGUGAGGCGCCCGCCCGCCCCAGGCCGCGCUCCGGGGCCUCGGGCCGCGCUCGGCGCCCGCCCCUUUCGCCCGCCUCUCCGAGCGCGCGGGCUUCGACGCCCCGGGGCGCGGGCUGCCCGGCCCUCCGUGGCGCCCUACCCAGUGUCCCCCGAAGGGUCAAAUGCCAAGUCCACCGAGGCCCCGACCGCAGACUGCGGCUCCCUACCCCUCGGCGUCCUCUCUCCGGCCGCUCCGGCAGGGGCCACUUCCACCCACCGAAGUACGUCCGCGUCUCCGCCCGCUUCCAGCCCUCCCGGCUCUGCCCGUUCCCCCAGGCGCCCCUUUCCCGCCGCCAGGAGCGGGCGGGGGUGACCCAUGCUUCGUUCCCUCCCGCUGCCCUUCCCUGCUCGCCGGGGACACCAUCUCCCCGCGCCCCUUCGGACUCGGCUGGGGAGCGGCGCGCGGAGCCCCCUCCAGCCCUGGCUGCCGGCGCCGAGGCCGCGGCUGAGCUGUACAUACCGUGUGCAAAGUGUAUAUGAAGUUAUUUAUUCGUGACCCAUGAGCCGUGACCGUGUCCGUGAACCAGUGAGUCUGUGGCCUGUGCCCUCCCUCUGGGUGGGGCAGGGAGGGCCGAGGGCUCGCCCGCCGCCCCGGCCCCGCCUCCACCUCCGCCCGGGUCCCCGGUCCCCGGGGCAGCCAGGCCUCUUGGGUUCUCUCUUUUUUAAAUGUCGAAAUAAACUUCUUACAAAUGACCUGGCGCCUGUCCGCGCUCCCGUCCGUCGGUCCGCGCUCAGGCCCUCUCCCAUCCCGUGGCAGGAACCUUUCGCUUCUGUUCCCUGCCAUCUUCAGAAAGGAAACGUUUUCUCCCCUCCCAUGGCGCUGUGGUCGUGUACAGGGGACCUGACUAGACUCGCAGGGUCUUGGGCAGGGGUCUCCCCCUCCGGACCUCAGUCUUCCCAUCUCUACAAUGAGGCGAGCUGGUUGCUCUCCGCCUCCCCCUUCCUCUCCAUCUGGUUCCUCGUCCUUCCCAGCGGUCCUGGGGACCGGGAGGCGGGGGAUCCGCGGCGGGGGUCAGCGCCCGGCCUCCCUCUCGGCUGCAGGCCGGGCUGCAGUGCCCUGGCUGAGCCGACUCAUCUGGCCGAGGCGAGGGCGCCGGCAGCUGGUGACCGGCCUGCCGGGCGUGGGGCCGACAGAUGGACUCCGAAGCUGCUACCUCAUCACCCCACCCUCCUCCGCCCGGCGCCCCCCGGCUCAGACGCUUGCGGGCGCCAAGGCGGCUUCCUGGUCUCCUGUGCCCGGUAGGACCCACCGGGCGGUAUCCACGGACCUUGACAUCUCAUGGGUAAACCCCUCUCGCAUCCUCCACUGCCCCUUCGCCCAGGGAGUAAGUUGGAACGAGGCCCAGAGGGGAGUCAGAUCCCAGUGUCUAACCCAUGCCUGCGGCUUCCCACCACCGGCAGUGGUUCCAGGAUCCCAGGGGAGGGAUGGGGGUGAGUCCCCAGCCAGACUCCAGGCCUGCAGCUCACGUUCAAAGGGCCAAGGUCACCUCCUGAGCCCUUCCCAUUCGCUCUAAGGUCAGGCACAGGUGCUCCCCUCCCUGAAGCAAAUGCCCAAGGCUGGGAAGUUUGGGUGUCCGGGAGUCAAGCCCCCUGCCCCCAGCCCUUCCUGGCAAGAAUGCUUGGGAGAGGGGAGAGACGGGGAGAUGAGGGGCGUGUUCUAUGACCCCACAAACCAGACUUGGGCCUGCUACAGUUUCCUCCCCGCCCAGCCCCCUCGAACCCUGGCCUUUCUUUCCUGGGAUGGUGAGGGUAUUAUUCUAAUUUUGCAAAAUGCACAGCAGCUAAUUAAGUCAAGGAGCCCCUCGGCUUUCAAGUUCUUUUGCAUGUGAAUGGGGGCUGGUAAAUCCCCAGCUCUGGCUUUGGUGGGGGGCGAGGGGGGACUGUCCCCAACUCAGGGUUAAUGAAGUGGGAAAGGAGUCUCUCAUAGCCUCCUGCAAACAAAACCCCCCAUGCAACAAACCCUGCCCAAAUCCUACAUGGAUUGACUUAAACCCAGGGGAUAAGUGCUUUAAAUUAAUCUCAUUGAAUAAGAAUGAGACCAAACAAAACUCUUUAAAAUCAUAUUAAAAAUCUAUCAAA